AGUUGAUAGAAUAGAUAGAAAAUGCUGAUAGAUAGCUGAAUAAAUCAUUUCCAUGUAGCCAACAUAAAAUAUGACAACCAGCUUGAAGCACAAAUGAUACUUGUCUCUUUGAAAAAUAAAAUGAAUAGCCCACUUUUUUCCCCUAUGAAUUUUAUUGUAUACGAGUUUUUAUCUUAGAAAUGUUUUAAUUCGCAUUUCAGAAAAUUUCUUCUCUAGUUUUCCAUUUCUUUAAAAGAAAUCCAGCAAACAUAAACGAAGCAAUUAAUUAAACUGAAUACAAAAGUAAUAUUUAAAAAUAACUCGGUUACGACAUGAGCAGUUUUCAUGUUAUCACCAAAGUAAAUGAAAAAUGAUGUAACAUUUUAUUAUCUUCCGUUGCUACGCUCUUCUGAUAACAUUGCAAGACGAAUAAAAAGCGAUUGGAGCUGACUGAUUGCUGUUGAGCUUAACUACCCAAAAAUUCUCUCUGUAAUUUUGUAAAUUUAUCGCCGUGUCGCUGAGACAAAGUCAAUAAUCAAAUUAACAAGUUACCACGUUGAUACCUGACACUGUGACUGAAUUAGUGCUUUAACUUAACAUUAUGGAUCCUAUUAAAAAGCCCAAACGCCCUAGCAACGACGACGCUACUUCGGCAUCAACGACUUCACCUCAAAGUAAGAACAAAAUUCAAUUAAAAAAAUUGUCGUUGAAUGAAGAGAUAAUAUCAAAGUGCAAUAAGAAAUUGUUGACUGCUGCUUCGUUCGAAUAUCAAAAGCAAUUGAUUGAACAGUGCGAAUUCAACGACGAAGCCAUUCAGGAAAUGGCAGAGAAUUUAAAUCAGCUGUUGACGUCUCCAAACAAAAUUGAGCGCAUCGCCACGAAAUUUCCGAAACUAACGGCAGUCAAGGUGAUUGCGGCACUUGAAAAAUUAAGGUUGGAACAGCCGAUCGCCAGUGACAAAGUACAGAAAAAGUGUUAUCAGCGGAAGGAUAGCUACUUGAUGACGUCAUUCAGUAGUCUACAAGAGUUGGCGUUUAAAAACAUAUUGAGGAAUAAUAAUUCCUACUGCCAACUUAUUGUUGCUGUCUGUGAAGGUGAAGGCCACAAUUGUUCACUUUGCGCAUCCACCAAGGACGAUGAUUACUACAGAAGUAAAAUCACAAAUAAGAUAAUCAUCAUUAAUCAUUAUGAGGAUGCUGGGGCAUUUGAUGACCUCAAAUUUACCGAGUUAAGCGAACGAUUUAAGAACAUUCUACUUUCAAAGAAAAUAUUAUUUCAAGGGACAUUUCAAACUGUAGAAUCAUUAAUCCAACAGAGAGACCAAACUGGAAGUAGGCCAGAAAAUGUUAUCGACUUGGAUUCCAUGGAGGAGUUGAUUCAAAUUGAAUCGAUCGAAAUCCCAUCGCCCACCUCGUCCAGUUUCAAAAAACCGUUUUACAUUCAGAGGCGAUUGACACCCACGUUUCCAUUCAGCGAUAAUUUUUGGAGCCAAGUAGAUAAGGAACUAGGGCAUUCGGUUGCCGAGCAACUGAAAACCAAGUGCAAAGUAAAUUCCAAAGGAGAAAUUCAAUGGUUCGUCGCCCACGAUAAAAAGUCUAAAAUCUGGGAGGAAAUGAUUAGCCUCUUAGAGAAAAGGAAUUCGCCCAUCAGCCCUUCAGAGUCAUGGAGUUCUAUCUCAGAAGAUGACUUGUUGUUUGACUGGAAUCUCCAAAAUAAGUCGCCCGGAGUAGUAAUAAUAUCCGGCGUUGCCGGAACGGGAAAGACCAGCAUUUUGUCUCACUACUACGAGCAAAUUAAAAAUAAGGAUCCAGGGCAUUGGGUCAUUUUAAUUAACCUUUCAGAUCAUUCAGAAGCCUUUUCAAAACUCGAUUACCGUUCAAUCGACAAACUGACAGUUGUACAUUUCCUAAUCAACUUAUCCGUUGUUACUGGGCAAAGUAAAUUUGCACGUUCGUUAUUAAAACACCGGCUGGAGACGGGUGACCGGAUUGCGAUCAUGUUGGACGGUUUCGAUGAGAGUCACUACAAAGAUAACGUUAUCCUAGUAAUAAAUACACUUAAACAGAUGAAGUCUGUUCGAUUAUACGUAACAACUCGAUCCCACAUGGCGGGCUAUCUCCAGCUGCAACUGUCUCAGUUAUCUUACAAUCUGGACGACUUUAGCAAAGAAGAUCAAAUAAAUUAUUUAACUUCUUUAUGGAAACGCGACCUAGGAGAUGAAAUCGUUCAACUGUUUGCCAGUUCUUUAGUCGACCAGAUGGCGACAACCCUAAAGGAUAAGGAAAGGGCCUUUAUCGGGACCUCGCUGCAGUGUCGCAUCCUUGCCGAAUGCUUCAAGUCGCAAGUCCAAAGGACAAAUAAUCAACAAGAGUUCGAUUUGCUUUUAAAAGAAAUCAAUCGGCUGAAUUUGAAACUGCCUAACCUUUUCCGUCUCAUAGUAAAAAAUAAACAACAAAUUUAUAUCGACGCAAGGGAGAACAGCGACAGUUCUAUCGAUAACCAAGUGAAAACUUUACAGCAGUUUCUGAGAGACUUGGCAAUAAGGACAAUCGUAUCUGGACAAGAUGAUGUAAACCUACUGUUAGGAAAUUCGGCAAACACUUUGCUCAAACUCGGCGAUGAUUGUACCCGUUUUGGGCUGUUGGAAACCAACGCAGAAGGUAAAACGCAGUUCUCACACCGAACCUACGCCGAGUAUUACAUGGCAGAGCAUCUGUACAAAGGGUUUCUUCUAGAUGACGAUAAAGAAAAAAGCCUUCCGAUUGUAGAGAAAAAUGCUCGAGAAUUUAGAGUCAACAUAAUUCUGACGCAAAAUCAUUACGCUGGAGUCCUAGUCUUUUUCGAUUCCAUGUUGAAAGAGAUUGACAAUGAAAAUAUCAAUUGGCGCGAGAUAAUCAACAAAAAGACGGAAAUGCCAUUGCGAUUAAAAAUAUUUACUAAACUGUGGAAAUCGACUAAAAAUGCUUACGAAAUUUUACUAAGUGCAAUCAAAAACAGGAACGUAACUAUAUUCAAAUUUCUAUUUGACUGUUUCGACGUCAUGUUUGACUCGACCGAAUUUAGAAAAGUUAUGAGACCUGUCAUUCACGCGCCCUAUUUUCAAAUAUUCGAAAUUUUCACAGAAGAAAACAGCAGUGAAACGUUUGAACGGUUCAUAAAACACUACGACAUUGCGGCGGAUAAGAGCGAAGUAAACAAAAUAUUUUCUGCGAUCCUGCGUGAAUUACCACACACAAAAUUUCGUGAUUGGGAUAAGGAAGAGAAAAGAAAAAUUGUGGAUAUCGUUCUACAUUUCCUGCUCAAGCACAAAAAGAGUUUAAACAAAAUUGAAACAGAAAAAAGACCUGAAGAAAUAUCAUUGCGUGUACGAGCGCUGCAUUUCUUCAUGUGCAACCAUUACUACGCAAAUCAAUUGAGGAAAUGGCUAGCCCUUUUGUCUCACUUGUACGACGACGAAUCAUUUGCGAAAUUAUUUUUAAAAACAGAACGCCAGGCCAGAUUGGACUGCCAAAAUUCACCUGUCAACAUCAAACAGACCCUGAAUUUUUUACGGGAUAUUGGGCGAAACAUUUUACUGGAACGAAUCUGUCGUCUAGUCUUGUUAUGGGACUAUCAGGCCUUCGAAAGUUUUUAUCUGUUUCCCGAUCCAACUGGGCAAUCCCAACCUUUGCUAAGAUUGACUCGACUCCAGCAAGCAGCCUUUAACGGAGCCACACCCACUGUAAUUGAAAUAAUAGACGAGGAACCGGAGACGAGUAAGGGCGAACUAUUGGGGAUCACAUCCGAAGAGAAUGAAACCAUUAUUGAUGUGAAAAGUAUAGAAGAGUUUAUAGACGACGACAUGGUACGAACUGAUCAAAGAUUCACGGCUCUCUAUCUCGCCGCUGCCCGAGGCCACAAAGAAGUUUGUCGCAAGUUAAUGGUUUGGUUAAAACAAGAUUGGCUUGAAGGUGUCUUCGGUGCUUUAAGGGAUGCGAUUUACGUCAGGAGAAUUGAAAUGUUUGAAUUGAUUUUGAGAACUGUUAAAGAGGAGAUGGGACAAGAUUACCUACUAAAAUUAUUAAAAUCAAAAUAUACUGGGGACAAUACAAAUUACGAUUUGUAUUGGGCUGCCAUUAUUCUAGACAGAGGUGACAACGAUAGCAGCUUGUGGUACCGAAAAGUGGCCGACAUAAUCGUUCCCGAAGGUGAAGGAAACGAGCAACACUGGGACGAUCUAAACGAUUUUGUCUUACGAGAUCAACAUUCGAUAAUAUCACUGGAAUAUGUCGAUCCAGACACCGCAAAGAAAAUGAUAAUGGCGAAGGGAUUCGAAAAUUGGAUUCAACGUCUUCUUGACAUUCACAUUUCCAAGGGGUUCUACUUUCUGUUUCAGAAAUACGAAGAUAAACUUACUGGUUGCAUGGGCCUAUUUCAUGAAAGUCGAUUGUCGGAUUUCCUGGUAAUAUUCACCUCAUCAAGGGACGGAGUAGGAAACCAUAAAACCAGUCACUGGGCUCGAAUUCUCCAAACAGAUUACGACGCUGAAAAAUUCAAAAGAAUCAAUUACUCAUCCAAUUAUUUGCUAAACUCUUUUCUCAAUUACCUGGAAUUGAUUUUCGCCGAAUUGAGCCAAGGUGAAAUCAAUCAACGGUUGUUUGAUGACGAAGGAAUCGUAGCCAUCACUCGGUCUCUGUUAAAACACGGACGAAAAAGUCUAGUUAAUUGGAUGUUGGAUUAUAUGGCAGGAGGGAAUAAAAAAGACAUCAAACAACAUUUAUUGGUGAAAUUAAUUAAAGAAAUUAAAAAUAUCAUAGCCCCUGUAGAGGAAGAAGCAAAGAGCCAAUGGAUCUUGUAUGGGCAUGUCAACAUUAUAUGGACUCGAGUAAAAAUCUUGGUUUUCAUUAUGGAUAAUGCCAAUUACAGCACAAACUUGUCAGAGUUAGUCUGUGCAAUUUUAGAACAACAUCGCAAUGAAAUUAAUGAAACAGGAUGCAGUAUUUGGAGUUGCUAUUUUGACAACGUCGAUGGAAGGAGUGAGAAAAUGGCGUUGAAUAAAAUGGACAACUUUUUGAAAUACGUAAUGGACACAUCGGGAGAAAGUGACGUCAGAAAACUCGUGCAAGGAAAUAUUAUUAACGCGUUAAAACACUGGAACGAUAGUCGACUUAAUGUUCUUUUACAUCAAUUAAUGUCCGAUGAAAAGCAAACUAAAGAUUAUGGACGUCAAAUAGUAAAAGAAGCAAUUGGAAUUUUGAAUGAAUUAAGUUUCUGUGCUCGCGUUUACUGCUGGAAAAACAUUCAACAGAUUGUUGACUAUGCCGACAGUGGGGAGCUAACGAAAUUAACACAAAUAAUCACGCAGAAAUACCAGAUAAAUGACGACGACAAAGAAAAAAGUGUGUGGAGUAGCUACCUCCGCGAUGAAUAUUUUUACACGAUGGAAAAUGUUUCUUACGUCGACAUAAUUUUACCUCGAAAUGUCAACAAAUUUUUGAAAUGCGUUUCAGAAAAACUAGGACAAAUUCAAGUGAAGGAACUGGUGUUUCACGAGUACAACGACAUGUACGGAAACAAAAAUACAGUCAUACAAUUUGCGAAAUCAGAGAGAAAUUACAGUUUAGUCAAGGCUUUGCUUACCCAUCUGAAGAAAUAAAAUGAAUCCAAUCUUGUAACUGUAGAAAUUAACGCACUUGCAUAAUUGAAUACACUCUGGUCCUCUAUAACAAACUAGUUUGUUAUUUUUUUCAAUUUAACGACAAAAUUAUCAGUAAAAACACAGCCAGAGAGCUAUCGACGACGUGACGGACUCGUGUUACACACCAGACUGAGUUUCUUUUCAUCGGCCGCACGAGGCGCAUUUUCCCGGCUGAAUUUUUGGCGGCAAUGCGUAGGAGGAGGAAGGGUUUACAAGUCGGCCAUUUUGAAUUUUUCUCAACCCUCUCCCCCCCCCCGCUCCACCCCCCAUUUAGAAAAGAAAAGUCGGCCAUUUUGGAUUUUUAUUUCCUCUCCCACCCCCAACUCUUACCUACACUCCAAUUGUUAAAUCAACUAGUUAAACAACUUGUAAACGAUUGAAACCGAUUGAAACUAGAUAUCUGCGUUUUGGCAUACGUAACCGAGUACGUAAUAACAUGUUGCGAAUAAAGGUGCGUAAUCUUGUGGCCUUUUUGAAACGUUCCCAAAUUAUAAUCAAACAAAAUAAAAACGACAACCAAAACUGGAAAAACCACCCUCAAAAAAUCGAUGAAGAACAACUUUCCAAACUUACUGAUUGGUUUCCUCGAGUCAGUCCAACACUGCUCACUGAUGUCUUUCAUUUGCCGCUCAGUCCAAAAUGUAAUUUUACUUUUCGUUAAGAAUAUGAAGUAAAAAUAUGAAGGAAGAUGAGAGAAAUGUUACUCCUCGUUGCACGUCGAUUCACGGAUAAACGUUUUAAUAGUUUAUCUGAGACUUGCAUAGUGCACAAUAAGCCCGCCCCAUCGCAUUGAUUUCCAUAAAUAUAGCACUUUCCCUCGAGCUGGGUGUGGCUGAUGGCCUUCAUACCAUUUUUCGGUUUGCCAAUUUAAUUCCUUGAGAAUCAUUUUGUGUAUUUUUCCCAAGCAUGUCGUUUUUUCCGUAUCUCAAGUUGACUUUAAUUUCAAAAAAAGUUUAAACUGUCAGCUCUACUUUAAUUUUAUUUUCCAAGGUAAUAAUCUGCGCUCUUCGAAUCAUAAGUGUUAACUUUAUGCAUUCACCGUGAGACGAUUGUAUGCGCAACAGUUCUAGAUUUCCAGGAAGUCGAUUUUCGGUUCCUUGGGGGAAUCGAGGAUCUCUCGAAAGAUAUUAAUGACACCCCCACGUCGGUAUUGUUUUCCCACUUUUCUCUCGAAUUAUACUUGCCCUUCGCGGUACUCGGAAAUUUCUUGCCAAAUAAAGUUUUAAUCGGUUGUCCAACUUCAGCGAGUUAACAGUUGACCGUUUAUCGUGCUCCAGUCAAGACCGCGAUUGUACACGGAGUUGCAACCACCGCUAAUUUAAACAAAUAAAGUUGUGUCAUAUUCAUCAGGAUAAUAACGAGCAGCUCUACUUACGCUUAGUUGUUCUUCGACACACUCCAAAGUGAUGGAAAAUGAGAUUUUAAUUUUCGCACGGAAGUUGACGUGUUUGUCCGGCGGAGGGCUCCUGGAUCCCCACGUCGAAUGCGGAUUAAACUACAAAUAUUUCCCGAUAUGUCUUGAAGUUCAACCUGGUGGAGGAUCUCAUUCUCUGGCGUCAAGGAUAUAGUUCCCAUUUGGAAGAUGUCUUAAUUCGUGCUUUGAAGCCGGAGGAUAUGGAAAAGGUUGACGUCAUGAUUAUCGCCAUUUUGGGCUGUUUGUUUUCUCAGAACGCAACAGUGAUUCUCCAACACUUUCAGAAUUUCGAAGACACAUUUGAAAAGUCCUCCGUCAUAUCAACGAUUCUGAGAACUGCAGCGAGAAAACACGGACCCUAUCUGGACGUCGUUUCGUGCACGUCAAUUAUGAAAAAUUGGUUUUAUGCUAAUAAUAAGUUCGGUUACAUUUAAAAUGUCGUGCUCAUCAUGCGUUGUUAGGAAACAAGAUUAUUAUCAUUUUGCUAUUAUUACACAGAAAUGCCCAUGUUGAAACAAUUUGUUAUUUGCGAAUUUUUGCGCGUAAUAUUCUGCCACGAAUUUUCAACGUUUGUAAGUUUGCAAAUGCACAAGCCAGCCUCCCUCCAAGAACGCUUGAAAUAUGGUUUUUAAAUUUGGUAAUCGCCAUGCGUGCAUAAUAAAUCAUUUCCCAUUUAAAUUUUGAUUGUUUUUCGUUCCGACCUUGGCUGAAAUCGAUUCAGCGAACUAGGACCAUUAGUUAAUGUUACCUCAUCUGAGAAAUGUACACAUGACCUAGUCCGACGAGGGCUUCAUCCAUCACAGUUAUUCCGUAACGACCAGUAAUUCUGAUAUCCUGGAAAACAAUGGCUCAUCCAGUCACUAGUAUAAUGGGCCAUUAAAGAUCCUGCGAGGUUUUCUGUUUUUAAAUAAAAGAUACCGUCCUUUAGUACAUUCAUUGAUGCCAACUGUGUUAGUUGUCGUUUUGUUAUCUUCUAUAUACCGUCAGCGAUUUUUUUAAAUUAAGUGAAUGAGGGAGAUGAUGAGUUUGUCAGGCGGACGCUGUUUAGAUCCGCACAUGGACAACGGAUUCAAUUUAAAAUAUUUCCCGAUCGACACCGAGUACAAGUCGCUCAUGGUCGAGGACGUGAUUCUCUGGAAUCACGGAUUCGGCUCACGUCUGG